ACUUCCGCUUUCCGUUGAGCAAGUCAAAGCUGCUGCAAUGGCAAAGCUAAUUUUGCUGUUGCUGGAAUUGUGUAUUAUAUUUUGUGUUGUCCAUGCUGUAUUUGAGGACCAAGUGGGAAAAUUUGACUGGAGGCAGCAAUAUGUAGGCAAAGUUCGCUUUUCUCAUUUCGACACACAAAUGCAGUCGUCCAAAAAGGUCCUUGUAGCAACAGAGAGUAAUGUUUUUGCAGCGCUAAAUUCCAGGACAGGAGAGCUUUUUUGGAGACAUGUGGACAAAACUGGUCCAGAGGGAAACAUUGACGCUCUUCUGCAUCAUGCACAAGAUGCAAUACUGGUGGUUGGAAAUGGACGUGUGUUGCGCUCCUGGGACGUUAACAUUGGUGGUUUGAAUUGGGAAGUUUUGCUGGACUCUGGCAGUUUUCGAUCAGCCUCUUUAGUCGGACAACAAGGCACAGUCAAACAUGUAGCUGUUCUAAAGAAAGCUUUCAUCUCUGUUCAUUAUUUGUCCAAUGGGCAUCAAAAAUGGAUAGAGAACCUACCAGACAGUGAAACUGUGGAUUAUCAAACUGUUUAUUCGGGUGGAAAUGGUCAUGUCCUUGUGUUGGGAGUUGUUCCCCAUUCCCAUAUUACUAUUGUAGUUUACAGCAUGGAGGAUGGAGAAAUAAUCAAGCAGGUCUCAGUUGAAGCUCCAUGGUUGUCCAACAUCCCAGCCAGCUGUGUAGUGGUUGGUCAGGGGAUUUUGAUGUGUGCAGACUCAACAACAAUGUCCCUAAACACACUUGAUUUACACCAGCAAACACAGAUGACACAGAUCCCGCUGCAGUCACUGGGGCUUGAAGCGGACCCUGACUUCCAUCCCUCUUUAAUGUCACACCAGCCCAAUGCUGCCCAGAAGCCUCUAUCGGAGUUCUUCCUUCAGCUUGGGCCUGAACGCUAUUUACUUCUGCAGUUGAACAAUGGGCAGAUAGUGACAUUAAGAGACUUCAACCCAGCCUUGCUGGCUUCAUUUGCAACAACUGGAGAGAAGACUGUAGCUGCUGUUAUGUCACCCAAAAAUAAAACUGCCUGCAGUAUUAACCUCUUUAGUGCUGACACGGGGCGUAGACUUCUUGACACAACGCUGAUUUUCACUGUGGAUCCUAAUGGAGGGAAACCAGAGAAGCUACAUGUCCAAGCGUUCCUGAAGAAAGAUGACUCUGUUGGCUACAGGGUCAUGGUGCAGACGGAGGACCAGACACUGACUUUCAUACAACAACCAGGGCGUGUCAUGUGGACAAGAGAAGAGGCCUUGUCAGAUGUGGUGACAAUGGAAAUGGUGGAUCUUCCCCUCACUGGGACACAAGCUGAGCUGGAGGGCGAGUUCGGCAAAAAGGCCGCCAUUCAAGAUGGGUUGUUUUCUAUGGUGUUGAAGAGGCUGUCCUCUCAGCUCAUCAUGCUGCAAGCCUGGAUAGCUCACCUAUGGAAGCUUUUCUACGACGCUCGGAAACCCCGCAGUCAAGUCAAGAACGACAUCUCCAUCGACAACCUGUCCAGAGAUGAGUUCAACUUGCAGAAGAUGAUGGUUAUGGUUACAUCCUCUGGAAAGCUGUUUGGAAUAGACAGCAAGACGGGGGCCAUUUUGUGGAAGCACUACCUUGAUAACAUCCCAUCAAAUGCUGCCUUUAAACUGAUGGUUCAGCGGACCACUGCACACUUCCCCCACCCCCCGCAGUGCACCUUGCUCAUCAAAGACAAGGACACAGGCCUGGCUACUCUUCAUGUGUUUAACCCCAUCUUUGGAAGGAGGAGUCAGGUCACACCACCUGCCCUACCUCAGCCAAUACUUCAGUCUCUCAUGCUCCCACUUAUGGACCAGGAUUACGCUAAGGUCCUGCUUCUCGUUGAUGACCAGUACAAGGUUUCUGCCUUUCCUUCAACCAAGAAUGUCCUGCAGCAGCUUCAGGAAACGGCUUCAUCCAUAUUCUUUUUCCUUGUCGACUCCAGUCAGGGAAGACUCUCUGGUUACAGACUGAGAACGGACUUGUCAACUGAGCAGGUCUGGGAGGUUGUCAUUCCAACAGAAGUACAGAAGAUUGUCUUUGUUAAAGGGAAAAGGCCCAAUGAGCAUGUGCACUCACAGGGCCGAGUAAUGGGAGACCGCAGCGUGCUGUAUAAGUACCUGAACCCAAACCUGCUGGCAGUGGUGACAGAAAGCACAGACAUGCAUCAGGAGCGCAGCUUCAUUGGGAUCCUGCUCAUCGAUGGUGUGACUGGCCGCAUCAUCCAUGAAGCCGUCCAGAGAAAAGCCAGAGGACCGGUGCAUGUUGUUCACUCUGAAAACUGGGUUGUGUAUGAAUACUGGAGCACAAAGUCUCGCAGGAAGGAGUUCUCUGUAAUUGAACUUUACGAAGGAAUGGAGCUCUACAACAGCACCGUCUUCAGCUCGUUGGAUCGGCCACACGCCCCUCAGGUGCUUCAGCAGUCCUACAUUUUCCCCUCCUCCAUCUCCACCAUGGAGGCCACCCUGACUGAGAAAGGCAUCACCAGUCGCCACAUUCUCAUUGGUCUGCCAUCUGGGGGGAUUCUUUCAUUACCAAAAAUGUUCCUCGACCCACGCAGGCCAGAGAUAAUAACUGAGCAGAGCCGGGAAGAAAACCUUAUCCCAUACGCACCAGAGCUGAUCAUCCGUACAGAGUGGUUCAUCAACUACAAUCAGAGCGUAUCGAGAGUGCGAGGUAUUUACACGGCGCCAUCCGGACUGGAGUCUACCUGCUUGGUGGUGGCGUAUGGUCUCGACAUCUACCAGACCCGUGUUUAUCCCUCAAAGCAAUUCGAUGUGCUAAAAGAUGACUACGAUUACAUGCUCAUCAGUAGCGUACUCUUUGCCCUGUUCUUCGCCACCAUGAUCAGCAAACGCCUGGCAGAAGUCAAACUGCUUAACCGGGCCUGGCGAUAAACGGAUCUUACUUAGUCCUGCACCUGAGAGCCCCACGGCUGCACAAAGGACCUCGCUCCGAAGAGAUGAGACUGCUGAGGCCGUGCCACAGGCCAAAGUUCAAUAAGGCCCUUAAGGAACUGCAGGGGGACGGUGGGGAGGGGGUAAAAUGAAGGGUUAGGUGAGGUUUUAUGUGUUUGUUUUUUAACUUAUUUUUCAAAAGAAGAACUUGAUCCGAGUUGAAACAUUUUUUUUCUUCUCCAAAACACUUUUAAUAAAUGUACAAAUAACUAAUUAGGAAUGAAUUAACCAGAGUUGGAAAUAUGAAAUGAUACUUAAGUUAGGGACUUCUAGGGAGUUCUAAAAAAUGCUCUAGAUAUCGUACAUAAUUCAAGAGACCUGAUGGAAAGUCAUAGCAAAUUUAGAAAUCAGAAGAGAUGGAUGAAAAGGCAUGUGAUCCUUAAUGGUUCUUUAAAUGGUUUCAAUAUAGUCUGAAUUUAAUGGUAAAGGAGAUGAAUUGAGAGCCUUGAUGAUCGACAGCCAGGCAUAAAAAUUUCUAACAGAAGACGCUGUUAUCAAAUUAAAGGAAACUGUCUAUGGUAGACUUUGUUUUCCCUGUUUUCAGCCAUUAAAAACCGUUGAGAACUCCA